AUGCCUCAAAUCGAAUUCUGGGACGAAAAAUUGACGGAAGAGGUUCAAAUCCUCCAGAGCAUGUUAGCAAGCUGUAGUGAUCUCUUCGAUGAAGAAGAUACCCCAAUCUACGACUCUCUUCUUGACGAUGAUGGCAGCAGCGACUUUGCCAAGUUAUUUAGGGACGCCAACCGGACUAAACGAUGCUUCAAGACACAAAUCAAUCUCUUGCCCGAUAGUGACGCCGCCACCAAACAAGAAUGGGUGGAUCGCCUUGACUUUUUAAGCGAAGAGUUGACAUUAUUGGAAUCAGAUUGGGCAAUCCUCUCAGCCGACAAUCUUUCCGCGAGCAAUGCCUCGGUUGAGUCAACAACAGCGACCCGUACGAGGGCAGAGCCAACAACAAUGCAGGACGCCUCGUUGCAAUUCGGGGCAACCAACGUGCGACCGAAUAUCCCGGAAGAGUCCUUGGGUCGCAUUUCAACUACGAUGGCCGCUCCUGUGGAUUUGAGUCCAAAACAAACAAAGACAACCCGCAAAAGUCAUGCCCGCAGGAGCAUUCGGAAGCCCACCAAGACAACAGAAUGCAACAACAAAGCUCCCACUGCAGAAAUGGAUGUCCCUCCGAACCAACGUCUAUCCAACACGGAAGUAGAAGAUUUGCCUAUCAAACCAGUAGGAGACGACUAUACAUCGGAACUAUCACAAACGGAAGAGGAAUCUUUGAAGUCUUUUGAAAGCGGCGAAUGCCAAAGACUCCCCUUCCGCAGAUCUGAAACACGAAUUGAUCGAAAAUCGAUCGACAAGGAGGAGGCUGCCCGCUCUGCCAAGCUAAUCAAACGCUUUCGGCGUGCUUUGGUUUCACGUCGUUAG